AUGUCGACUACCUGUUUGACCAUUCACGACCUCUUGCGCAUUACCUAUACAUACGAAACCCAAGCUCUGGAGGCAGAAGCAAGGAGUCGGUCGAGCUCGUUAUGUUCGACUCCUGAUACAUGCUCGCAUCUAUCAGGACCCGCGUCUCCAUCUGCGACCUUUGCGAAUCUCGAAACCGACUUUACACAUAAAUACUGCCGGAAGGGCAGACGAUAG